AUGGCCCUCAACCCAACGCUCGCUCGCACCGCGGCGAAACACAACAGCGCCUACGGCAGCGUCCUCGACCGCUUCCUGGUCACCCACCCACCUGCGGUCGCCAAACCUUCCCGUCCCAGCCGCACGCCCAACCCCUCCUCGUCCAGCUCCGUAUUCGAACCCACCAAAUCCGCCACCACGGGCUGUUGGGCACCUCCCAAGUACUCCCUUCGGCGUCAAGCAGCUUUGGUCAAAGAGGCGGCGCUGACCGGCCAACUCUCUUCCCUACCGGACGGACCGCGUACCGCCCGCGUCACAUCACGUCUGCAGCGCCUCGCGGCGGCCCACGCACUCGAAGAAACCGCUUCGCAAUACCAGUUCAAACCGCGAACUGAAUUGGUGCUCUCCAAACCGACACGGCUGGGCGAACGAGCGGUGAAGCACUCGCACCGCAUCCCUUCUGCGGAACGCCAAGCCGCACUGGCAGCCGCAAAAGAGCUCGUAAAGGAGGUCGGACCCUACGCAGGCAGAGCGAAGGUCUUCAAGGGCAGCAGAGAGGAUCGUGGCAAACACAGGAGGGAUGAGGCGGUACAGGGCAAGUUGGACGGCAUGAAGCAGGUCGUGAGGGACUGGCAGGAGGGGUUGAAUGAGGCUAGAGGGAAAGCGAAGCCUGGACUGCCGUUCUAG